AUGACAGCGCCGAUAAGAAUUGCAACCUGAUAUGGUCGGAAUUACUGCCCGAGACUUAAAUUCAACUUGAUGUCUCUUUUAGCUGACUGCGUUUCCCUGUCAGUCGGACUCGGAUCAGAGUGGAAGCUGUGUGUUUGUUGCUGUGUAUUUGUGGCUGUUGUGGCGGUUCGGGAUGGUGUGUUGCCUGCCAGCCCAUCACAGACACAUAGUGACCCAUCUCAUCCUGGCUUAGAGAAGCACGCAGAGACUUGCUCCAUUGUCUCUGUCUAGGAACCAAGCUACUAAACAAGGCAUCAGCUGUUGUAUGGUGACCAGAGACAAGACAAGAGUCUGCUUUAUAAUGGUUCUUUUUCAGAUACCUCAGAGACCUGCAGUCAGAGAUACAACACUGUGCUGCUUGAAUAGAGAAUGAAUUGUGCGCCUGGUCUGCAACAAUGUGCAGCAUUCACACCUGUCGGGAAAGAUAGUGUUUCCUUUAAAUCUGCAAGAAAGGCGCCAAACAUCAGUAGCCAAGAGCAACAUGAACCAAGAAGGAAGAGAGGGUACACUGUUGGGUUGCCUCUAAACCUGUACCACUGUCUUAAUUUGUGGAUCACUCACUCUCUGACAGACAUUUGACCUAUGAGAGACCUUGAUGGAGAAUUUACACUGAUUGGAAAUACAGUGGAUUGCUAUCAGUUGCAAGAAAUCUCAUAAUUGUACUCUGUAAUGCACCACAAUGACAUCACUAAAGUGAAGAGGAGAGUUCCUAAGGAACCACUGCAAAUCAGCAAUAGAAAGUCAAAAUAUUAUUUUAUUAUUAAAUAUAAGAUGAAGGACUCAUAUAAGCUCUAAUCAAGUCCUAAUUUUGAGGUGAUAUAGGAUAUAUCCAUCCUUGAGGUCCUCUCUCUUUCUUCAAUCUACUGGGAAAAUGACUGAAUGUGAAUGCACCAGUGAAUGAUAAACUGUUCACCUGCCAGAUUGAGAAAGACUUAGACUGCAGUCUGUGUCUAAUUUUGUAGGGAGGUUUUGCCAGACAUCUUCUCACAGCUGGGACCUGUCCUGAGCACCAUUAGCAGCAAAAAUCAUGUCAGAACUAGAAGAUUAUUCAUCUCCAAGGGACCACCCGCAUCCUGACCCAGCUCGCAUCCAGCAGAACCUCCUGGAGGAGCAAGUGGAGCUCUGGUGGUUCAGUGAGCCGCGCAAAUCUUUAAUAUGCUACUGCGCCUCAGUGGGCCUAAUCUUAGGCUGUGGACUGGGCGGCGUAGGCCUUCUUUCCACCACCACAAGUCUGUCCAGUGAGUGGAGAUUAGGCACCGGUACAGUUCUUUGUCUUCUUGCGCUGGCUGUCCUCCUUAAGCAGUUGCUGAGCUCUGCCGUCCAGGACAUGAACUGUGUACGUAGCAGACGCCGGAUCGACAUGCUGAAGAGCGGAGGUUUAUCUGACGUUCUGGUCAUGUUGAUCACGGGGAUCUCCCUGCUUAUAUGUGGGGCUGUGCUCCUGGAUGUUGCCCUGGCCUACCAAAUGCCUAAACCUGGCAAGGCACUGAAUGACAUGUUUAUAUCUGGGGUGGUGCUGUUGGUGGGUGGCAGUUUUACAGUGAUAGCGGUCGGGAUUUACUUCACAGUAGUUUUACUCUUAGAGAGGACAGGGCCGGAACAGAGACGGUGGGAGAGAACUAUGGGUAUUUUCACCAUUUCAGGCCAAAUGCAGGCAAGGAGAGAGACUGCUUCAAGCCUGGCUCAUCUAAUAUAGCCUAAUAGAGUGCAACAUUGCCUGCCCACUUUCUCAGCUUCUUAGUGCCGAAAUGUUUUUUCUAUUAAUUUUUUCCAUAGAGAUUUCAUAACAUUCUUCAUAAAAGUGUUCUAAUCCAUGAACCAAACCAAUCAGCUCUGGGGUGAAUCACAACAUUAUAAACUUUUAUUUGAAGUAAAAAAGUAUUUGAAAAUCAGAUAAAAAGACAAAGGUACAAAACUGAGUACUUACCUUAGUCUUUAAUGAGAAAAUUAACUACAAUCCCAUGAAGCAUUGUGAAUGACGUAAUUGGAUUAAAGCAGAGGUGGAAAGUAACGAAUUACAACUACUCUCGUUACAAUACUUGAGUAAAUUUUUCACAUUUUUCUACUUUUUUAAGUAUAAAUAAAUAAUAGUACUUUUACUUUUACUUGAUUUGAUUAAAAAUGAAGUAUUCAACUUCGCUACAGUUAUUUUUCAUCACAAUUUACAAUGUAUAAAAAAUACAUAAUAUUUUGUAAUUUUUAGGACGUUUUUUGGAAGAAGAAAUCGGCAUGUUAUAAGAGCUACAGCAUCAUGAGCACAGCAGCUUACAUAAUCUGCCGCUGGUGUCCUCUCUUCUCUAGCGUCUCCAAGACAUUCUGCCCUGUCACUAUACUAGAACUGUAAUACUGUGAUUUUCUGCCUAUUUCAUUUUAUUCUGGAAAGGAGCCGUUCAUUCAGGUAUGAGGGAACCGUCUGAACACAUUUAACCACUGAUCAAACUUCACUUGUUUUUAAGGUAGGCAAUGUUUUAACUGUGUCAAACAUUAACACAAUGUAGUUUGACAUAUAUGUGAGGAUAUCUUGUUUACUUGCUUAUAUGUCUAAAACAAACUUUUUAAAUACCUUAGAAAGAUACAUUGCCAAUAAUGUCAGAAAUUAACAGGGACUCGGGGCAUAAAUGCCACCGAAAUUGACAAAAAUAUCCCCAAAAUGUAAAAUAUGGGGGCAAAAAAUGCCCACGCAAAGAGUUCCCGUGUUUUAUUAAUAAUAUCUGAUAUAGUUACAAUUAUAUACAUUGCGAUCUUCUUUUGACUUUUCACUAAACAUUUUUUCUCUCCGCCGUCCAUUUCCUCGCACCAUCGUGCACACAGACGGGCUCUCCGCUUCUAUCAGUCCGCAUCAAUUCGGUAUUGUAUUUCCGCGAUAAAUUCCGUAACCGUUCGCCCCUCUUGUUCAAAAUAAACUGUCCUAGUGGGUAACACUCUCGCUCACGGUGCUGUACUGUACUGUACUUCCCUGCCCUGUGAUGCUGUUUAUCUGUCUGAAAAGCCUCACCCGCUAGAGGCCAAAAAUGUGCAAGGGAUGGAUGUUAUAUAAAGAAGGAACAUAAUUUAACCAAAUGCUACAAUUUAUUUAAUAAUAAAAUCUCAAUAUGUUAAAUAACCAUAAUUUUAAUUAAGAAUUUAUUAUUACUCCUGUAAUGCAACAAUACAUAUACAGAACAACCACUUUUAGUGUUUGAAUCAAUCAUGUCUCUCACCAAACACUGUGUGAAAUGUUUAUUUAUUCCUUAUUUUAUUCAGUUGGCAUGUAGGAAUUGAUAACAGUUUGCUUAAUAAUCUCAUUCCAUAUCUGGAUAAUAGAGGAUACAUUUCCUCCUCUGUGAUAUUGCAUUAUAUUAGUUUUGUACAGUAUGUUAACUUGAUUGCCAAAAUACUUGGACAUUUGUGAAUGAGAAUAAACCUGAAAUAGGAAUGUGUUUCAGUCAAUGCACAUUAUGUAGUUUAGAGACAAUUUAGAGACAUUUAGAAUGUUACAAAUGGCUAUUUUUAUUUAAAUAAAUGUUGUAUUCUUAAAAUUUUCUGUUUGUCCAAGAAUCCUCUUGCAGCAAUGCAGGUCUUUGGCAUUUAGAAGCUGCUAGUUUAGGACUUUUAUCAAUACAGAAAUGCAUGGAAUAGCCUUCAUCUCUCUAAAAUAAGAGAAAAUAGAAUUUCAGGAGAGAUGUGUUUCUUUUUGCCUAUUUUUAAAACCAAAAUUUAAAAUGUAGAAUGCUUUUGUAAGGAAUAGGUGACACAGUAUAUGUUUGCCAUCACAGGUAAAGAAAAAAUGGAAUAAAUACCACUUAAAACAAUUAUUUCAACCGUAAUAAUAAUUUGCAAUUAAUGAUUUUGGCAGUAUUUUUGAUCAAUUUAAUGCAUCAAAAACAAAAAUGUCUUUGUGUUCUAAAAAUGGAAGCGUAUAUGUUAUAUAUAAUAUAAUUUUCAUAAAGUAAUUUGUAACGAAAUUAUUUGAGUAGUUUUUCGGCAAACUACUUAUUUACUCUUACUUGAGUCAUAAUAUUUCUCAGUACUUCUACUUGUAUUCAAGUGAAUUAUUUCUUCUGUAGCAGUACUUUUACUUAAGUAAAAAAAACAAUCAGUACUCUUUCCACCACUGGAUUAAAGACAAUGGAAAUAUAUAAAACAACUGCUUUUAAGUUGUUAAUUAUAAGUAUAGAAACAAUAUAUUUAAAUUUUACUGCAAAAUAUUCAGAUAUACACAAAUUUAAAAGUAGUUUGAAAGUGUAGGGAGACCAACUUCAUUGCGUCAUUCGCAGUGUGUCAUGGAGGUGGGCGAUUGCUACAAAGCUCAUUUGCUGUGGUUUGUUUGUUGCGACUCUCUGAUUGGUGGAACUUCCUCUUCAGGAUUCACGGGUAGUGUAGUUUGUCACCAGGAAUUCCGCUAUUAUCUUAAAUUAAUUUUUAAGACAUUAUGUUGAAAUAGCACAGACUGAUUCCUUCAGCUGAAGCAUAUGCCAUCAAUUUACAACCUCAGAGCCCCCAGUAGGUUUGUCUUUGAAGGUUUAUAAGUUAUCUAUAAAAAUCCUUUUGUCUAUGCAGAAAAUGACUGGGAUUUUUACCUCCGAAAUCAGACUUCUGCACUCUGUUGUGUGACUACAUAUGUAUAUGUAUGCCAGUCCUACUGAAAAAGAACAAAGAUGCAAAACUGUGCUCUCUGCAGUCUUGGGACUUUAAAAAACAGCCCUCAAUGAAAGUUUGCAACCAUUACACAAUGGCACAAAUCACAUGUGACAUUUACAAUUACACCCCACAAAUAAACUGAUUCACACUAUAGCUCAAGGGUUUACGCAUUAGACCUUUGAGGGUUUAGGCACAAACAUUUAAGCUUUUACAUUCUCCUUUCCAACAAAGUACUAUGAAGGAAGAAAAGCAAAGAAAAGCACAAAAGCAAUCUAAAUGAACUGUUUGAUCAUGAAUUAACUGAUUUUAGAUAAAACAUGCUGCUUUCUCUCGUGUGUGUCUCUCUCUCUGUGUGUGUCCUUCACAGCUUUUUUUAAUGUGGGCAACGGUGAGCAUGCCAAGGGGGUGUCCAUCUGGGGAUGUCUUCAGCUUUUCAGGGGCUCCAAUGUGUGUAGUGAAUGGAUCGGCCAUGUCAGUUUGCAUCCCUGUGAAUUUACACUACAACUUGGUUCUGUGUGCAGGCGAUGCUAAGAAUCAAAUAAAG